UCCGGAUGCUGUCUCCUCUGCACGCAAAUUCUCGCGCUCUAGUUUAUUUGCGUCGCAAGCGUUGCAGAUGUGGCAUUAAAACUCACGCCAUGUCACGCGUCUUUAUUAAGAAGAGGCGUUUCUUUUUCAGAUAUGAUUUUAAGUAGGUUUCCGCUUCCUGCUGCUGUGUUUUAAACGCCUGAUUGAUCACACGCGGAUCACACACCGGACUGACCGCAAAUCAGUGAUCGAGCCACCGCGGCAAUGAACUGUUAACGGAGGUGGGAACUGAGGAUCACAACACAGAGUCCGGUAUUUCAGCAUGUCGGAGCGCGGAGGGAUUCAGCAGCGGACGGGAGUCCCGUCUCCCCACCUGUACCCUUCUAGGUCGGUCACGAUCCCCUCAAAUCGUCCGGUGCAGAUGAACUUGUUUGCGACAUGGGAGAUUGACAGUUCGUCUCCGAGCUGUGUUCCCAGACUUCUUAGUCUAACUCUUAAAAAGUUAGUGAUUUUGAGGGAGCUGGACAGAGAUCUUACAUCUGUGGUCAUUGCUGUGAAACUUCAGGGCUCAAAGCGUAUUUUGCGGUCUAAUGAAAUCAUGCUGUCCUGUGCUGGCCUUACAGAGACUGAUCUUCAGCUGACCUUCACACUUCAGUAUCCACACUUUUUGAAGAGAGAUGCUAAUAAACUUCAGAUUAUGCUGCAGAGACGCAAGAGGUACAAGAAUCGCACUAUACUGGGCUAUAAGACCCUCGCACUUGGACAUAUUAAUAUGGCUGAGGUAAUGCAGCACCCCACAGAGGGAGCUCAGGUUUUGGGUUUGCACACGACAGUAAAGGACACAGCGGUUCCUGUUGCUGAGAUCAGGGUUUAUUCCCUCUCCAGUCAACCCAUCGACCCAGAGGGACCAAAGGCCAAGCUGUCUAGUCGCUCAACAGACAUUGAUAAUUACUCAGAGGAGGAAGAGGAAAGUUAUUCGUCGGAGCAGGAUGCCAGCGAUGACCAACUACAGGAGCAGUACCUCUACGAUGACGAUGAUGAACUGAGAAAGAAGAAACCCCGCCGUAAAUUACCUUCAACAGCAUCCAUCACCAGAGCUAACCAACCUAACAUCAGACAGAAGCUUUUGGCUGUGUUGAAAUGGUUCAAAGUGUCAGAUGAGGUGGGCUUUGAUUUGGAGGACCAUGUGUCUCAGGAGCAUAUCCGUGAUGUUGAGGAGGGACUGGAUGAGCUCUAUGACAGUUUAGAGAGGUAUAACCCCAGUGACAGUGGACCAGAGCUGGAAGACACAGACAGUAUUCACAGCACGCCCAAACCCAUCCUCAGGCCAUUUUUUGAAGGAAUGUCACAGUCCAGCUCUCUGACAGAGGUUGGUAGCUUGCAUAGCAGGUGCAGCCUUGGCAAAGACAAGCUGAGUCCUAAGUGUGAACAUCCUGGAAAAUGUAUUAAAAUCCCUCGUUCCCCGAGCGCACACCUGGAAGAUGCUUUCGCAGAGAUGGACGCACUGGAACACGGUGAAGUGGAGAUUAUAGGAGAUGGGACCCCGAGCAUCACUGUAUCUGUGGCGGAGAGGCCGCGGACCCCACAGAGAAGCAGUAGCACAAACAUGCCUUCACCCAGGUUGGAUGGUGGGCAUACACCCAAAUUGAAGCGAGGGACCCCUAUGAAAGAGAGACAGCUGUCCAAACCGGUCAGCGAGCGCACAAACAGCACGGACAGCGAGAGAUGCGCCGAACUCAGUCUUACCCCUCAGAUGCCAAGGAAGAUUGUAUACGACCAGCUCAACCAGAUUCUGCUGUCUGACAGCACUCUUCCUGAGAGCCUCAUACUGGUCAAUUGCUGCGAUUGGCAAGGACAGUAUGUGGGUGAACUGCUGCAGGCACAGAAGCUGCCGGUGGUAUGCACCUGCUCCGGAUCAGAAAUCCAGACCGCCCUCUCUGCCUUGCUCACACGCAUACAAAAAUUCUGCAACUGUAACUCCAUUAUGCCCAAACCAGUGAAAGUGGUUGCUGUUGGAGGUCAGAGCUACCUAGGGGCCAUCUUAAGAUUUUUUGUUUCUCAGCUCGCCAACAAGACGUCUGACUGGCUGAGCCACAUGAAAUUCCUUGUGGUUCCUUUAGGUUCUCACCCUGUGGCCAAACACUUGGGUACUCUGGACAACCACUACAGCUCUUCCUUCCUAGACGCAGCAUGGAGAGAGUUUUUCAGCCGUACUGAGCCUCCUCAGAUGGUCUCAUCCUCUGCUGAUAUUGUGGAUGUGUUGGGACGAAUCCUACAAUACAUCAAUAAUUCCACAGUUACCCAUCAGCUGCCCAUUGCUGAAGCCAUGCUGACCUGCAAGCACAAGACGCAAGAUGAUGACUCCAACCAAAAUUUUGUUCCAUUCGUGGGGGUAGUUAAGGUGGGAUUAGUGGAGCCCAGUCCAGGAUCUUCAGGUGGAGAUGGUGAGGAGGGUUUGCCUUUAUGCUUGGCGGUUCCCUCCAUGUCUCCUCCUGCUCAUGGAUCUCCUGCUGGGACGAUAAAAGACUCUUCUACGCCUCCUCCAUCACCAUCACUAACUGGUGGAUUUGCUGCUUUAGGGAGCCCUAUAAUGUCACACGUGGUGGAUGCUGUUGGCCUGCAGGUGGAUUACUGGGUGUCUUCAGGGCCCGAGAAGCGUAAAGAUGGAGAGCGGAAAGACAUGGGCAAUAAGAACACACUGAAGUGUGCUUUCAGAUCCUUACAGGUCAGCCGGCUGCCCGGUUCUGGUUCAGUCGAUCUCCAGACCUGCACCAACACCAUGUCCAUGACUGUGGUGACCAAGGAGAAGAACAAGAAAGUGCCGACCAUCUUUCUCGGCAAGAAGCCAAAAGAGAGAGACACUGAGUCAAAGAGCCAGAUCAUUGAGGGUAUCACCAGACUUAUCUGCUCAGCCAAAAAUCAACAAACCAGUCUAAGAGUGUCUGUAGAUGGAAUGGAGUGGAACGAUGUGAAGUUCUUCCAGUUGGCGUCUCAAUGGCCCACUCACGUUAAGUACAUCCCAAUAGGGCUGUUCAGCUUGAACAAACCUUCCUGCUGAUGACCUCUGACCUUGGGUCAAUGCUCAAGUCACCUGACAGAACAGAGAACCGGCUUUUCUUAUUUAAGUGUUAGAUCUUACUAUCGGCGAUAGGUGGAAUUAUUUAAUCUUGUUUUGGCUUUUAUAAAGGGCUGAGAACAAAAAGUCAGGAUGGAUCACUGGUGUACUGAUGAUGUUAUUUAUCAACCUUUUCUACUAGUGUUUCGUCUCUGUCAUGCAAUAAUAUAUUAUAUUGUUUACAUUUAAAUUACACUAUAUAUUAGUGGUUCAGUAUGUUGGAGUUCUCCGAUGUAUUGUUUCUGUUAUUUGAUGUGUAACUAUUUUUCAUCAAAGUUUUGAAUCAAGUAAUAUUAAAUAACACCUUAUUUGACCAAGUAAUCUCACAUCCAAAGCUUUUACAGUGUAAGAUUUAAAAAUAGUGUGAAGUAUAUACUAUGAUGGUGCACAAUAGAAAUACCUAUUUGUUUGCGUAUGUGAUUUUGUAACAUAUGCAUGCAUGUGCUGUACGAUGUGCAGUUAUAUCAGGGUUUGUCUAAGCUGCUAUUGACACCUAACCCACUCCACUGUGGUUUCUGACUUUAUUAUGUUGGCUUGAGAAAGCCAACAUACUGUUGUUGCACUUAAACUUAUUAUUAUUAUUAUGUUGGCUUGACAAAGCCAACAUUCUGAUAUUGUAUUUAAACUUAUUAUUAUUAUUAUUCUUCUUCUGAGCGAAAUUUCUGCAGCUAACUUGUCCGACAGCUUUCAAGCUACAUCCACCAAAUUUUCCACGGACAUUCUAACUGGUCUGAAGAAGUGUGCUAUAUCUU